AUGAAUUUGACUUGUGUACGUUUAACAUAUUCGAUUGAUGUAACACGUUCAUCUAGUUUAGCUGUUUAUCAAUCGUUUUUAAGACUUAAUUUAACACUAGCUUUAAAAGGUUUUAUAGAAAAUAAUCCAUUACUUAUUAAUAGAAGUAUUUCAUAUGUAUUUGAUUCUAUUUUAAAUACACUUGGAAAAUAUAAUAUUUUAGUUUUACUUGAUAAUCAUAUUAGUAAAGCUAUGUGGUGUUGUAAUGAAUUUGAUGGAAAUGGUUUUUGGGGUGAUCGAUAUUUUGAUGUUGAACAAUGGAUUGACGGUUUGAUAUUUAUGACUAAAAAAACCAUUAAUCGUUCAUAUAUUAUUGGAAUGAGUUUGAGAAAUGAAUUACGAAGUCUAAGACAAAAUCUACCAGAAUGGUAUUAUUAUGUCUUACGAGGUAUUGGUGAAGCCAUAUCAUCAAUUAAUUCUCGACUUUUAAUAAUUAUUUCUGAUUUGAAUUAUGAUCUUGAUCUAUCAUUCAUUCGAUUAUUAUCAAUACAAGAACUUGUGCCAUAA